GAUCACUCACAAAAAAAAAGGUGUGUGUGAUCACAAGAAUUAAUUAAAGAUGGCAAAAAUCAUAGAUUUUAAUUCCUUGGUUUUGAUGAUUAUUGCAACAAUUACAUUUCAUUCAUAUUUAGUCAAUGGAUGGACAUCAAGUAGCAUGUAUGUCAAUUGGGGUGCUCAUCAUUGUAAACUUAUAGGGGAUGAUCUUCAACUUGUUCUUGAUAAAUCUGCAGGCUCUGGUGCUCAAUCAAAAAAUUCAUUUCUCUUUGGUAGCUUUGAAAUGCUUCUCAAGUUGGUACCUAACAACUCUGCUGGAACUGUCACAACAUACUAUUUAUCUUCUACUGGUACCAAGCAUGAUGAAAUCGAUUUCGAGUUUCUAGGAAAUAUAUCAGGACAACCUUAUAUUAUACACACAAAUAUUUACACCCAAGGUGUUGGAAAUAGAGAGCAACAAUUUUAUCCAUGGUUUGAUCCAACUGCUGCUUUUCACAAUUACACCAUUCAUUGGAACCCUAAUGCUGUUGUAUGGUACAUUGAUAGUAUUCCAAUUAGGGUAUUUAGAAACUACCAAGCCAAAGGCAUUCCAUUCCCAAACCAACAAGGAAUGGGAGUCUACACUAGUCUAUGGAAUGCUGAUGAUUGGGCAACAAGAGGUGGUCUUGUUAAAAUUGAUUGGACAAAUGCACCCUUUAUGGCAACUUAUAGAAAUUUUAGACCAAGAGCUUGCUAUUGGAAUGGACCAAUGAGUAUUUCACAAUGUGCAAUUCCAACAAAUUCCAAUUGGUGGACUUCACCUUUAUACUAUAAAUUGAGUGCAAAUAAAGUUGGUGAAAUGAUCUCAAUUAGGAGCAAGAAUAUGAUUUAUGAUUAUUGCAAAGAUGUGAAAAGAUUCAAGGGAGUUAUGCCUAUUGAGUGCUCAUUGCCACAAUACUAG